AUGGGCCUCUCGCGCGAGCGCAAGCAAGAGUAUUUUGAGAAAAUGGAGGGGCUCCUUGAUAUGUACUCAAAAAUUUUCAUCGUGUCCUGCGACAACGUUGGGUCAAAACAAUUUCAGCAGAUUCGCAUCGCCCUGCGUGGCGAAGCAGUCGUCCUCAUGGGUAAGAAUACGAUGAUGCGCAAAGUUGUGACUGCGUACCUGGUGAAAAAUCCGGGGCAUCCGUAUGAAAUGCUCCUUCCUAAGAUCAUGGGUAACAUUGGCUUCGUGUUUACUAAUGGUGACCUUGGCAAGGUGCGAGAGCUCAUCGAAGAUAAUCGUGUGCCUGCUCCAGCACGAGUCGGUGCGAUAGCACCGAUCGAUGUGAUCGUGCCCCCCGGUCCCACAGACUGUGACCCCGGCCAGACCAAUUUUUUCCAGACCCUGCAGAUUGCCACAAAGAUUGUGAAGGGCCGCAUUGAGAUCACUUCC